UGGAGGAAUCUAAUUGCAACUACCGCCAAGCCCAGCCCAGCCCAUCAUAUACAGUCUGGAGUCUGGACUUCAAAUUGCCUUCCACGAAAGAGUUCCUUGGAAGCUCCAGGACAAGCAGCGGCGGCAGCAGCAGUCCCGCCUGACCCAGCUGGAUCAUUGUACGCUCGGCUGCACCCUGGUGCGUUUUUUCUUUGCAGGAGACAGGAGCCUCACCGAGAGCUCCGCACACCGGUUCCCAAGCUGUCUCUUCGGCUGCUUCCCGCGUUUAUUAUGGACAAUGACGAGGACGAUGAUGGGAACUUCACCAAGUGGAUGAGCAGCUACUGGGGGCACGGGGUAGGGGACGAGCAUGCCAAAGAUAGGAAGAGAAGUUUUAGGAGGCCUUCACGCUACAAAGCUGACCGUCGUGCCUCUUUGCCCUGCAUGUCUCAGCUAGAAGCAAUGCAGGUGAAUCAUCACCAUGCUAACACCAUGGCCCCUGGCCCUUCCCACCUAAAGGGCCGUGAGGAGAAGGAGGUGCACUCUCAUCCUCGUGCCCGCCGUGUAUCUUCAGACGAAAACAGCCGAACCAAAGCGGUGGGACCUGAAUGUCACAUCAGCACCAUUCCAGAGCUCACUGAGUGCUUAGAGAAGAGGCUACGUCUCAAUAACCAGAAGGGUAAUGCAGAUAGCAAAUGUCUUAUUUGCCAUGAAGGACUACGGAAUGGAAGGGGUGGCGUCCAAGAACUUCACUGUGGCCAUCAUUUUCACAAAGAGGCAAAAUGGCCGGAGCCCAGCGCACGUCCACGUAGUGGGAGUUCUGCACCUGCUUGUGAGCGAGGAAAGGAGAUGCCUUUCUGCCCUGGACAAGAGGAAUAUAGCUUACCCCGUCGCCAACUCUCUUUACGUAGACAACGUUGAUUGUUUUUUGUUUAAAAUACAGUCUGAAAAAUAAAGGUUCUUUAUAUUUAUUAAUUAGAUAUAAAGGACCUUUACCAUCUGUGGAACAUUUCCAUUGCACAAAAGGUUCUUCAGUGGAAAAGGGUUCUAAAUAUUUUGAAGAAAAAAAAAGUUACUUUUUUUAUUAUUAUUAUUGUACUGUAUGCAUGAGAAGUAGUUAAACUAAACAGUAAUCAUUCAGUAUAUUACAUAUAUUUUUUAAACAUUUUAAUUGUCAGUUUUAGUUUGUUUUUAGGUUCACUACUACUGCUUAAAAUUUGUAUUUAUUUUCCAAAAUUACAAAUCAUUUACAUUUUAUAAACAUUGCUGUUUGAAAUGUCAUGAUUUUGCACUUUUUGUCCUUUUCCUAUAUGGUGACAUAAUGUAAUAAUAUGUUUUUUUAUAGUCUGUGAUUGUUGCUAUUAUUCAUGAUCUUGUUGUUCAUUUUAUACAGCUAUUUUGGAUUAGAAAACCAAACUGUGAAUAUAAAAUGUUUUGACUUGUUUUUGAUUUGGAAUUAUGGAUGCUCUGUGAAUGUGGUAAAAUCCUGAAUUUGCAGUCAGGAGCUGCUACAGUUGCUUGUUAAAUGCAUAUGAUGGAAAUUAGCUGGUGGCAGCUAAUCAUGUACCACUGUAAUGGAAAUCAAUGAUGGGUCACAGUACUGCCCCUCAAAGGUCAACAGAUCGGUUUUUCACGCAAGAAGUUGUCAUGCAAGUACAAUCAUGCCUCCGCUAUGGGUCUUAGUGAUAUAAAUGUAUAUAUAAAAAACAUUUCACAUAGUUGAACAUUAUUUUCUUUAGCAUUUAUCUGGCAUAGGCUACACUACAAGUCAUCUAUUUGUAAUUCAUAAGAAAUAUUUGUGGACAAAUAAUUGUUUUUGUUUCAGGAAUUUAAGCAUAAAUAUGCAAAUCAAAAGGUUUUUAACAUCAUGUAAACUUACAUUUGGACUGGUAGUGUGUUUUACUAAGCUUGCAGUUCUUUAAAAGCAAUAAAUGUUUCAAUAUGUUUAGCAUGUGCAGACGUAUGUUUCAAUAGUUUUCAGUUUUUAUAUACAGCCUCAUUCUGGCUUUGAAUGACCCUCCAUAAUUUGGCUCUCCUUUCUUUCAGUGCAUUGAGAAAUGGUUUUGGCAGAAACAGUCCUGUCCCUCCUGUCGAGUUCAUGUGACCAUUCCUGAGCCCCUCUACUGGUCCUCUGCUCGUGUCCAGUUUCCCUGACAAUAUCCAUUUUUCAUCACUGCAUGUCUGCUUGUAACCUGUGACCCCGGACACUGAUUUUCUGUGUUUAUACUGUAUGUGAAUAAAAAAGACCAUCUUCUCGAGGUGGAAGCGAGGAUGUAUGUAGCAGUCCUGCAUGAUUAUGUCUUUUGCUUGCACACGCUAGCUAGGAUAAGACCGUUUUGAAAGUGCAUCCUUUAGUCUAUGAAUCUCGAGAGUUUUGUCUUUAUUUUUUUGUGACCCUCCUUUUCCAUCUUUCUUGCAUAUUUUCCUCUGUGGUUUGGGGAGGACAGGAAGUUUGGAUAGGCUGAAAACCAUGCAUGCGAAGUAUCUGACCACAGAGCCUUUUGGUUUUCUUUUUUUCAUAUCUCAUGUAUUGCACAAAGCACAUCUGACUUACCCAUAAACGUACACAUGCCAAAUUCAAAGGCAGAGAAUCUUAGACUCUGUCCAACAUAUUGUGAUGUUUCUAUAAUGAUCAGAAAUGUAAAUUUCAAAGAUGUAUGUUCGACUAAUAAAUACCUAUUUCGUUGAAAAG